GAGCGCCGGUACUAGUUAGGAAGUGAGAACGGCAUAGCAUAACGGUAGCAUCGUUGGACAACUUCUCCCCCCCUCUCCCCACCCCCCGCUGAACACCAUAUAUCUGUUUUGCCAAAGUCUGAAAGAGAUUUAUUUUUAACCAAGGACGGCUGAAAGCCCCGACUCUUAUUUUUUUCCGACAGUAACGCUAGGCUCUACAGCAGGUGUUCAGUUUCCACGCCGCUGCAAAGGAGAGCGCAAGGGGCUCAGGCAGCAUCCGAAGGACCGCUCUGUGUGUGUGUGUGUGUGUGUGUGUGUGUGUGUGUAAGCGUGUGUGUCUACUUGCGCUUUUCUAAGCGGACUCUAACAUCGGAAUUAUGUAUGGACCAAUCGACAAUCGAUGCAAAAACUGAAGUAACGGUCUUUUUUAACGGCAUGCGUGUAGCGGUCCUCACGUCUUGGGAUAGAGCGAGGGGCUCGCUGUCGCAGUAGCAAGUGAGAGUUGCAAUGCAUUCUGCUAUCUAGUGUGUUACACAGAGGCGCAAGUACACUUGUAUGAAGUUACAUCAAGUCCUAUCUCGUGUGUUACACAAACUGUUGUCUUCAUCGCCCACAAAAGGCUUGAUGGAAUGGGUGUUUUGUUAACCUUUUUUCUCGCUUCCCUGUAACCUGAGACCCAAGUGCACGAUAGGAAAUAACAAGGGACCAAGGCAACCCACGGGAGAGGAUUUUCUAUCCAUUUUGGACAUUGAUUCCUGCAAGCCACAAUAACUAGCUGCGGGUGAAGUUAGGCGUUAAUGAAGGUAUCUCAUAAUCCCCAUCUGUUUGGAUAGGGGCAUUGUCCACUCUCUGCAAAUGGCACCUUUUUAACAGUCUUUCGGCUUUCUGUCCAGCUUGUUUGUAGACAAGCCUUGGAAUUCGCAGACUCAAUAGAGCAUUGAUUUUCUUUGGAGGGGAAAUCACAUACACACGGAUGGAUAAAUUCAUGCACUUUAUUGCCCUCUGUUGAUACUGUCAAAGAGUCAAAUGAUCCACACGAUAAAUCCCCGUUGAAGACAGCAAAACAAGCGGCGGAUUUACAGCGGACAGCAGCGAAUAAGCCGAUAAAUCUAAACCCCCUACUCCUACUCUCAGAUGAAUUAAUUUCAUGCUUGGAUCAAUCCGAAUGAAAAUGAGGUAUCGCAGGGAACCAGAACCAAGGGACCUCACUACCACCAAAAGGAACUACCACAACACGGAUGUACUGAAAAGCCCAACAUUAGAAGAAAGUCGCGCCACUGCUGAGCUGUUCCCAACUAGUGAGUUCUGGAGCCCGGGGCACGGGAGUAAGCGCGGGGAGCCAGCCAUCAGAGAGAAUAAGAUAACCGGUCACCCGGAGAUUUGUUUUUCCGCUCGCUGUGGAGUGAGUGAGGAGCGGAGGGCGAGAGCCUCUGAAGCGUCUCUCAUUAGUACCGCCAGCCUCGGAGAACCGGGUGAAGAGGAGAUGGGUGGCAAGAGAGGCGAAGCCAAACACAGGCGCCCGGUCACAGACGCUAUUAGGAGCAGUGGUCGGUCACCUCUCCCGGGCUCAGCCUCGGAACGCGGCUCGGUUAUGGGAACUGCAAAUGUGUACAUCAAGCGCCCCGCGGGAUCUCCGGUACACGUGGAGGAGGCACCUGCCGCAGGGCAGAGGAUGAUGCUGUCCACCGGGGCAGCUCGGAGUUGGAUCCCGAAUCUAUACCUCUUUAUCCUCCUCUUCUUCGCAAGCAGCUGCCACGUGUUGCACGCCCAAGAGGUGGCGCCGUACCUGCGGGGCAGCGGAGCAGGCCAGCAGGUGGUCCUGGAGGGGAACAGGAUGGUCCUGACCUGUCUGGCAGGGGGCAGCUGGCCCCUGCAGUACCGCUGGAGUCUCAACAACACCUUCACUUCCGACUGGACGCCGCAAUACAGGUUGCCGCUGCCCUCGGUGAGCAGGACGAUGGCGGGCCUCUACCAGUGUGUGGUGAGGAACAGGAUGGGCACACUGCUCAGCAAGAAGACCGACGUGAAGGUGGCCUUCCUGGGUGAGUUCACGGAGGAGGAGCAGAGGAGAACAGUGACUCAGGGCAAAGCAGCGGUCAUCAGCCCCCCGGCACUCGCCUCCUACCCUUCCCCCCUGGUCACCUGGUACAGAGACGGCCACAAGAUCAACCCCAGCGACCGCAUCGCAAUCUCAUUGGACAAUCAGCUGGUUGUCUUGGCUACAACAGCAGCGGACGCAGGGCGCUACCACGUGGAGGCGGUGAACGAGCUGACGGGGGAGAACGCCACGAGCCCCGCCGUCUAUCUCAGCGUCUCAGCUGGCAAGAAGAACCGUGGCUCAACAGAAUCCGACACAGAGCUGGUGUCUCCUGCGAUCGUGAUUGGACCGAGGAACACAACAGUGGUGGCCGGGAGGGAGGUCACGCUAGAGUGCAUCGCCAACGGCAGACCCGUGGACAGGCUGGUGCUGUCGUGGCGACGCGAGGGCCGGUGGCUGGCGGGCGGUCGGCGGCUGGUGAUCCCCGCCCCCGUGCUGGCGGACUCCGGGGUCUACGUGUGUGAAGCGCUGCUGAGCAACAGCACUCUGAGGACGGCCGAGGCCCGGGCCCACCUCACCGUGAUGGAGGGGCCGUCCUUCACCUCACUGCCCAAGAGGAAGACCCUGGCCGAGUUGGACAAGAACGUGGAGAUCCCCUGCCUGGUAACAGGCACCCCUCAGCCCAGGAUGGAGUGGUUCAAAGACGCCGUGCCUCUCUCCCGACUGGCCAACCCUCGGUACAAGGUUGCCGCGGCGACGGGGCUGACGGUGCGGCGGGUGCAGCCGGAGGACGGGGGCAUAUACCAGUGUGUGGCGCGCAGCGCCGCGGGGGAGGUCCAGGCACACACACACCUGCAGGUCUCCAGUGUAGCCCCCGCCUUUAUCUCCCCCCCCACCCACCAGGCGGUUACCGAGGGCAACGCAGCCUUGUUUACCUGCCAGGCCAGUGGAGCCCCCAAACCAGCCAUUGUCUGGAGUAAAGGGUCCCAGGUGCUGGCCAGCGGUUCGGUCCGGACCCCCAGGUACUUCCUGCUGGAGUCCGGGGGGCUGCAGGUGCAGCCGGUGGGCUCCCAGGACUCGGGAGAGUACACCUGCAUCGCCUCCAACCCGCAAGGCAGCAUCAACGCCACGGCCGGGCUCACCGUCUGGAGUCGGACCCUCAUCUCCGUGCCCCCAUCAGACCAGCGCGUCAUUAAGGGGACCACCGCCACGCUCGACUGCAACGCCCAGCACGACCCCAGGGUUGACAUCAGCUUCCAGUGGCACCGUAGCGGCACCCUGGUGCGGCCCAGCAGCGGGGGGCGCGUCUCCGUGCGGCAGGGCUCCCUCACCAUCGGCCAGACCUGGUCUGGGGACAUCGGGGACUACACCUGCACCGUCACGUCGCGGGCGGGCAACGACUCCCGCUCGGCGCGCCUGGAGGUCAUUGAGCUGCCCCACUCGCCCCGCUCGCUGGCGGCCCAACUCAACGACUCCGACUCCCGGUCCGUGCACCUGUCUUGGCUCCGCCCCUUCGACGGGAACUCCCCCCUGCUGCACUACCUCCUGGAGCUCUCCGAGAACAACUCACCCUGGAAGGUGUACCUCCCCGAGGUGGAUCCCGCCGUCAACAAGGUGUUGGUGGGCGGGCUCACGCCGGCCAGGACCUAUCAGUUCCGGCUUUGCGCUGUCAAUCAAGUGGGGAGAGGCCAAUACAGCGCUGAGACACAGAGGCUGAUGCUGAGAGAGGAGGCUCCGAGUGCUCCUCCUAAGAACAUCGUGGCCAGCGGUCGGACCAACCAGUCCAUCAUGGUGCAGUGGCAGCCGCCGCCCGAACCCCAGCUCAACGGGGUCCUCAGGGGCUACGUGCUGAGGUAUCGGCUGGCGGGGCUGCCUGGAGACUACCAGGAGAAGAACAUCAGCAGCCCGGAGACCAACUACUGCCUGCUGAGCGACCUGAUCAUCUGGACCCAGUACCAGAUCCAGGUGGCCGCCUACACCGGCGCCGGCCUCGGAGACUACAGCAGCGCCGUCACAGAGUACACUCUGCAGGGAGUCCCAACAGCACCUCCUCAAGAUGUGAACGUGCUGGCUGUGAACUCCACCACCAUACGCUUUACAUGGAACCCCCCUCCACAGCAGUUCAUUAAUGGCAUCAACCAAGGAUACAAGCUGUUGGUCUGGCCCGAGCGAUCUCCCGAGGACAUCACCAUAGUAACCAUCACUCCGGAGUACCCUGGCUCCCGCCACACGGGGUUGGUGAGUGGACUCAGGAAGUUCACCCGCUACUUUGGCUCCGCCCUCUGCUUCACCACGCCUGGCGACGGCCCCCGCAGCACGCCCACUCUGCUGCAGACGCACGAGGACGCCCCUGGUCCUGUGAGCAGCCUGAUCUUCCCGGAGGUGCUGGAUACAUCCGUCAGAGUGAGCUGGGAGGAGCCUGCCGACAGGAACGGCAUCAUCACAGGCUACGUGUUGUGGUGGGAGGUUACCGGCGUCAACUCCAGCCGUCUGGAGCGCUCGCUCUCCAACGCCACCCUGCAGCACCAGCUGACCGGCCUCACCUCCGUCACCUCCUACACCAUCCUCGUGGCGGCACGGACCGUCGCCGGGCCGGGCCAGACCACCGCCUCCACCGUCUCCACCGGGGUCCCGCCAGAACUUCCCGGAGCGCCGUCUAACCUUGUCGUCUCCAACAUCAGCCCGCGUUCGGUCACAAUCAACUUCCGGCCGGGCUCCGACGGGAAAACCGCCAAAUCGCAGUGGGUCGUAGAAGGACAGGUGGUGGAGAUGGAUGGCGAGGAGGUGGCCUGGAAGGUGGUGUACCAGAUACAACACGUCCCUGGCACCCAGCUGCUGGAGAUCCCCGACCUCACACCGUUCACCCAGUACAGGUUUCGCAUGAGGCAGGCUAACAUCGUGGGCUCCAGCCCCCUCAGCGGACCCUCCAGACUGAUCCAGACCCUGCAGGCUGCCCCGGACACGCCCCCUUCCAAUCUCACCCUGCUGGCGGCCACGCAGACCAGCCUACGCGUCCGCUGGAAGCCCCUCCUGGACCACCAGUACAACGGCAGCCCGGACGCGGUGGGCUACCGGCUGCGCGUGCGGCGGGUGGACGGCGCCGGGAAGGAGAAGCUGGAGGAGACGCGGGCGGCGGCGGCGGGGGGGGAGCGGGGCAUGGCGGCGGGCAGCAGCAGCAGCAGCCGCGAGGCCUCGCUGGAGGGGCUGGACCCCUGGACCCAGUACCUGGUCCAGAUCCAGGCCUUCAACUCCAUCGGAGCCGGGCCCUGGAGCAGCGGCGUCGCCGCGCACACGGCGGAGUCGGUUCCGUCGGGAGCGCCGGUGAAUGUGAGUGCAGAGGCGGUGAGCUCCACAAAGAUUCUUCUCAAAUGGGCUGCUGUCCUUGGGUCACAGAAGAACGGCAUGAUACUGGGUUAUAAGGUGUUGUGUGCAGAGAAAGACUCAAUAGCGCCCCCCAGUGUCUCGGUGGUGGUAGGGGAGAGGAGCGGGACCCUGCUGUUCGGUGUGCUGGAGAAGUACACGCUGUACGCUCUACAGGUGCUGGCCUACACGCGGCUGGGCGACGGACCGCCCAGCAGUCCCGUACUCACCCGCACCAAGGAAGACGUGCCAGGACCCCCAGCCAGGAUGGUGUUUCCAGAGGUUCGACUGACAUCGGUCAGGGUGGUCUGGCAGCCUCCCUCAAACCCCAACGGCAUCAUACUAGGCUACCAGAUCUCCUACAGGCUGGAGAGUGCGGACCCCCAGCGCUGGACCACGGUGGAGGUGGGCUCCAACGCCCGGCAGUUCACCGUCACGGGUCUGUCCCCCCAGCAGAACUACCUGUUCAGGCUGACGGGCCGCACAGCUCUGGGCUGGGGAGAGACCCAGGAGGCGCUGGUCAUCACCACCGAACGCAGAGAACGACCCCAGGCGCCCCGGAAGCUGUCCAUCCCGCAGGAGGAGGUGGAGUCUCGCAAGCUCCGCCUCCACUGGGUGACGGGCAGCGCAGGCUCCUCCCCCCUGAGGUACUUCACCCUGCAGAUGAAGGAGCUGCCCAGCGGGGAGUGGAGCACACACACCGCAGACAUACCCCACAACCUGAGCUCCUGGACCGCGGACAGACUCAAGCCCUUCAGCUCCUACAAGCUGCGGCUGCUGGCUACCAACGACAUCGGGGACAGCUCUCCCAGCAAAGACACAGAGGCAGUUACCACCCUGCAGGACGUGCCUGAUGAGCCUCCAGUCAUCCUUGCAGUGAAACCAACCACCACCACCUCUGUCCUUGUGCAGUGGAAGCGGCCGAGCGAUGAGAGCGUUAAUGGGGUGUUGGUCGGCUACAGACUCUACUACAGGGAGCUCCCCGUUAAUACCACCGCCUCCACUGCGGCAGAAACCAUGGCAACAAAAAACAACAGCACAAGUGCCCUUAUCACAGCCAAGAGCACCUUCAAGACGGUCAGCAGCUCUUCCCUGACGGAGUUUGAGUUGACACAGCUGAAGAAGUUCCGGCGCUACCAGGUCGUCAUGGCGAGCUACAACAUCAUCGGGGAGAGCCCACCCUCCCUCCCCAUGGAGGUUUCGGUCGGAGAAGCAGCCCCGUCGGUGGCUCCUCAGUCCAUCAGCGCGGUCGCCUCGUCUCCUAACAUGCUGGAGCUGACCUGGGACACACCCCCCCCGGAGACGCAGAAUGGACUCAUCCAGGGAUACAAGAUCCACUACUGGGAGCGGGAGCGGCAGAACGAGACCGACAAGGUGACGGUGGUGUUUGUGCCCGACACCAGCGCGCGGCUGGCCAACCUCACCAGCUACACACACUACAUGCUGACGCUGACCGCCUUCAACACUGCCGGGGACGGGCCCCCCAGCGAGCCGCGCGGGGCCAGGACCCAGCAGUCCGCUCCGAGCCCGCCGGCGUUCCUCAACUUCUCCGAGGUGUCGGGGAACAGCCUCAACGUGUCCUGGGGGGCUCCGGCCUCCCCCAACGGACAGCUGGAGGGCUACAAGGUGGUGUACCAGCCCACCACCCCCGUGCAGGGUGUGAGUAAGGUGGUGACGGUGGAGGUGAAGGGCAGCUGGCAGCGCUGGCUGAAGGUGCAGGACCUGACCCGGGGGGUGACCUACGCCUUCAGCGUCCAGGCCCGCACCGUCGCCCUCGGACCCCCGCUGCAGGCCAACAUCUCCGCCCAGCCGCUGCAAGGCACUCCCGGUUCGCCGAUGGGGAUGUCAAUCACCAAGUCCUCUUCUUCCCUUGCUCUCCAUUGGACAGAGGGAGAGGCAGGGGUGGGGCCCAUUAGUGGCUAUGUGGUGGAGGCUCGUCCCUCAGAUGAGGGUGUGUGGGAUUCCUUCAUCAGGCUGCUCCCUCCCAGCAGCCGGUCUGCCUCUGUGCCCAUGGAGCGGCUGAGGUCAGGAAUCAGCUACGAGUUUAGAGUCAUAGCCAUUAAUCGUUAUGGCUACGGAGAGCCCAGCUCCCCCUCCACUGCCCUUGCCGCGCUGACGGAGCGGCCCUUCUACGAGGAGUGGUGGUUCCUGCUGGUCAUGGCUCUGAUCAGCCUCAUCCUGAUCCUGGUUCUGGUCUUCACCCUGCUGCUCCACGGCCACGGCACCAAGUACAAGGCCUGCAGCACAGGCAAGCAUCUGUCGACGGUGGAGGAGUCGGUAACCCUUGACAAUGGAGGAUUCACCGCUCUGGAGCUCAACAGCAGAACACUGAACAGCAAAAACUCCUUCCUCAAGAAGAACGGUACCAGGUCUCCUCCCAGACCCAGUCCGGGGGGUCUCCACUACUCUGAUGAGGACAUCUGUAACAACUACAACGGAGCCGUGCUCACAGAGAGUACCACCCUCACAGAGAAACCCAACGAGGUGUCAGAGUCAGAGCUGACGGACAGCGACUACGAGGACGAGCAGCCCAAGCACUCCUUCGUCAACCACUACAUGAGCGACCCCACCUACUACAACUCGUGGAAGCGCCAGCCCAAGGGCCUGAAGGGGACGCCGGCGCCGGCGGGGGGGCCCUUCGCCUACGAGGACUGUGUGGUGGCGGCGGCGGCGGCGGCGGCGGCGGCGGCGGCGGCCGGGGCGGGCGACGGCGAGCCCUACUACCAGACGGUGGUGACGCAGCACAGCGCGGGCGGCGCCUACACGCCCACGGGCCAGCCGGCGCUCACGCACGUCAACCCCAACACCAACCCCCCCGGCUCACGCACGCCCCUCACGGGCUUCUCCUCCUUCGUGUGACACGCGGAGAGAUAGAGAGAGAGAGAGACACACAGAGAGAGAGAGAGAAAGAGAGAGAGAGACACGCACGCACGCCGGUACACACACAUGAAUGCGUUUUGCAUAUUCACCCAUGACGGAGGACACGGACACCUGGGUUUGGACACGACGAUGGGGAGGGAAGAGAGGGAGGGGGGGAGGGUGUUGACGAAAGGGACUUCAUGCCCCUGAGCACAUCAAGGUGUGCACUCUUCUCCCCGCGUUUGUGUGUAUGUGUGCGUGUGUGUGUGUAUGUGUGCGUGUGUAUGUGUGUGUGUUUGCACAGAGAUCCUCACUGUGUUUAUGACGCCCCUGCCCCCCCCCCUCCCCCAAAGCUUGUUAUCCUUCGCACUUCUACGUCACUGUGCUCUGGCUGCGUGCUCACUCCAACACACACACACACACACGCAGGACCCGACCCCCCCCACCCCCCCCCCCCCC